AUGACCCGAACCAUUCAAACUGCCAUCAAUUUAUUUCCAUGGAUUCUCGGGUCGGCUCCCUUCAACGUCGACGUGCAGAUCUGGCCCGAUCUCCGAGAAGCUCACGAUGCCAUCUGCAAUCAAGGCAUUUCUCAAGCUGAGAUGGCAAGGAAGUUCCCGGCAUUCAAUCUUACAGAAUGUUCAGAGGAGUGGGAUUACCCUCCCUACACUAUUGAAGAUGCCACGGCUCGCGCGGAGUCGGUCCGACAUCGUCUUAAAGAAGCCUCCAAACGCUACAGAAACAUCUUGAUUAUCACACAUCGAGGGUUUCUUGUAUUCCUUGUCCAAGGAGAUAGAUACGAGGUCUGUGAAACACGUUCGUAUAGAUUUUGUGAGGCGACCGAAACGGAAAUAGAGUCAAAAAGAAUGGGGUUCCACAUUGAGACGAACGACCCGCAGGAUUUUGGACCGACCGUUCUUCUGCCAUACCAGGCUCAUUCGGAGCCUGAUGAGACCCUCGAAAUUUCUGUUGAGUGA